AUGUGCGACUUUACCAAAAACUACUACAUCUACAUGUCCUGCGUUGACCCGGGCCUGCACUUCUGCAGCACCUCUACCGACGGCAACCGCCAGCAAUCCUGCCCGGCCGGCCCUCAUGAACGCUACAUUGUCAUCCCCGAGAGCUGUCCCCUCUGCUCCGGCUGA